UGGUGCUUUGAGGCGGUAGCAUGGCUGACGCCGGAGUAAUAGAGGCGCUCUUACGGCUGGUGGAGAGGGCUGACGAUGGUGUGGACAGCGUGGAGGCCGCGUCCGGGCUCGGGGUGGACCACCAGGUCGUAGUCGGGGCCGUGAAGAGUAUACAGUCCCUCGGAGACAUUAUUUCAGCAGAACUGCGCUCGUCAAAGCACUGGGAGCUGACGGAGGAAGGCAGUGAGAUUGCUGAACAAGGCAGUCAUGAAGCACGCGUGUUUAGCUCUGUCCCAAUGGAGGGGCUGGCUCAGAGCGAACUCAUGAAACUGUCCUUUGGAAAGAUUGGCUUCAGCAAGGCCAUGUCAAACAAGUGGAUCAAGGUGGACAAGGCGCAUGAAGGAGGUCCCAGGGUUUUCAGAGCAGUGGAAAGUGUGGUGGACCAGGUCAGACAAAAGUUGCUGCUGGUAAAGAAGGGCACCAGCUCCCAACUGGAUGAGAAGGAAAAGAAUGAACUGAAGAAGCGGAAACUGCUUUCAGAAGUGACGGUAAAGUCUUACUGGAUCAUUAAGGGAAACUCCUUCAGCACCACCAUCACAAAACAAGAGACAGAACUGACACCAGAGAUGAUCACCUCAGGAGGCUGGAAAGAAAAGAAAUUUAAGCCAUACAAUUUUGAAGCCAUGGGGGUAGCUCCAGACAGUGGCCAUCUACACCCGCUUAUGAAGGUGCGCACACAGUUCAGACAGAUCUUUCUGGAGAUGGGUUUCACAGAGAUGCCCACUAACAACUUCAUCGAGAGCUCCUUCUGGAACUUUGACUCUCUGUUCCAACCCCAACAGCACCCGGCCCGAGACCAGCAUGACACCUUCUUUUUGUCUGGUGAGAAUUGACCAGCUCUGGCCCAUGAGUUCCCACGGGACUAUCUGGAGAGAGAGAAGGUCCACUCAGAAGGAGGGUAUGGUUCACAGGGGUACAAAUAUGAUUGGAAGAUUGAGGAGGCUCAGAAGAACAUCCUCCGUACCCACACCACAGCAGUCAGUGCACGCAUGCUGUAUAAACUCGCACAACAGGAAAAGUUCACCCCUGUCAAGUACUUCUCCAUCGACCGCGUGUUCCGGAACGAGACCCUAGAUGCCACCCACUUGGCAGAGUUCCAUCAGAUUGAGGGGGUGGUGGCAGACUAUGGCCUCACUCUGGGGGACCUCAUGGGCAUCCUACACCAGUUCUUCACCAAACUAGGAAUUACAAAACUACUUAAACCGGCAUACAACCCCUACACAGAACCCAGUAUGGAAGUGUUCAGUUAUCAUGAAGGCUUGAAAAAGUGGGUGGAGGUGGGUAACUCUGGCGUCUUCAGACCGGAGAUGCUGCUUCCUAUGGGCCUGCCAGAGGAUGUGUCUGUGAUUGCUUGGGGCCUGUCUCUGGAAAGGCCCACCAUGAUCAAGUACGGCAUCAACAACAUCCGAGAGCUUGUUGGACAUAAGGUCAACCUGCAGAUGGUGUACGACAGCCCUAUUUGUAGACUGGACUCGUGAUUGUGACCCUGCUGUAGCCCUUUUAACUGUACGUGGGACCGUCAAAGCUGCAAUGGAGAACAGUCAUUGAUUUUUAU